GCUGCGCCUGUGUGCGAGUUUAGCCAGGCAAGCGGAUCGGCCGUCGCAUCCACACAGUACCCGCACUGACAGAAAGGCGAGCGGCAAGCAUGGCUGCGGCACUGAAAGACAGCUUCGAGAAAUUCCUUCAUCAGAAGAACGUAUGCACUGACGUCUUGGAGAAGAUUGAAGCCAAGACUGGGGUGAACAGGCGUUACAUAGCCCUAGCAAUCAUCGGUAUUGUGGCAAUUUACCUUGUGAUCGGAUAUGGUGCCUCCCUGCUCUGCAACCUGAUUGGAUUUGCCUAUCCUGCAUAUGUUUCAAUCAAAGCCAUUGAGAGCGCCACUAAAGAUGACGACACACAGUGGCUGACCUACUGGGUUGUGUAUGGAAUCUUCAGCAUCAUUGAAUUCUUUGCGGACAUAUUCCUGUCUUGGUUCCCUUUCUACUACAUGAUCAAGUGUGGAUUUCUGCUGUGGUGCAUGUCUCCCAGUCCCUCCAACGGCGCCACACUGAUCUACAAGAGAAUCGUUCGCCCCUUUUUCUUAAAGCACGAGGGGGAGAUGGACCGCCUUGUAAAGGACAUUAAAGACAAAGCUUCAGAGACUGCUGAUACCAUCACUAAAGAAGCUAAAAAGGCCACUGUGAACCUGCUAGGGGAUGAGAAGAAAAGCAGUUAAAUUCCCCUAAAACAAGAAGGGUCCCAUAUAAGCAGCUAACUAUUAUAGGGGACUGCUAUCAUUUGUACCUCUCAUGUGACGCACAGCCUGAAAGCCAUUGCAGCACAUCCAUGGCAGAGCUCUGGCAUUCAGGCUACGCUGGCACCAAGGGGUUUCUAUUGUUGCCUUGGAUACCUUUUUUGAUAUGAAGAAAGAAUGUGUUGACGUAGUUGUACUAUGUUGUGCUGUUGUCUGUAGAGAUGACUGAGAUUUUUAUUUAACAGCAGUCAGCAGUGCCCAGAGCUGGGCCACUCGGCCAUCCUGCUCUGUGCGGGAAAGACUUUUAACAUGUAUUGUCUCAUCCUGCAUCCAGUGGGCUGGAAUAAAUGAAGUACUUGUCA